AUGGCAGAACUUCCCAUUAACUUGUUGCCCGAUGAUGGAAGCCCAGAAUGGAUGAACAAAGGAGACAACGCGUGGCAACUCACGGCCGCAACUCUCGUGGGUCUUCAAAGUGUACCGGGCCUUGUGAUCCUAUACGGCAGUAUCGUGAAAAAGAAAUGGGCUGUGAACUCGGCAUUCAUGGCCUUAUAUGCCUUCGCGGCUGUGCUUGUAUGCUGGGUGGGCUGGGGCUACCAAAUGUCAUUUGGACACAAAAUGAUUCCUUUCCUUGGCAGGCCUGAUGUUGCCUUGGACCAGAAGUUUCUUUUGGGCAAAGCCUUUCUUGGGUACUUGCCUUCUGCGACCAUGGUUUAUUUUCAGUUCGUGUUUGCUGCGAUCACGUUGAUUUUGGUUGCUGGGGCGUUGCUUGGAAGGAUGAAUUUUCAUGCAUGGAUGCUGUUUGUACCACUUUGGCUUACCUUUUCUUACACUAUCACUGCUUAUAGCAUCUGGUGUCCUAAUGGUUGGUUAUCCAAGAUGGGGAUCAUUGAUUACUCUGGAGGAUAUGUCAUUCACCUUUCCUCUGGCGUUGCUGGUUUUACUGCAGCUUAUUGGGUAGGACCAAGGACAAACAAGGACAGGGAAAGGUUCCCUCCAAACAACAUUCUACUGAUGUUGGCAGGUGCUGGGCUGCUUUGGAUGGGGUGGAGUGGUUUCAACGGUGGUGAUCCUUACACUGUCAGUACAGAUGCAUCUCUGGCCGUUCUUAACACCCAUGUCUGCACUGCUACCAGCUUGUUGACCUGGCUCCUUCUUGACAUCAUUUUCUUUGGAAAGCCCUCUGUCAUUGGAGCCACACAAGGCAUGAUCACUGGCCUCGUUUGUAUCACCCCUGCUGCAGGAGUUGUUCAAGGUUGGGCUGCAAUCACGAUGGGAUUAAUGUCCGGUAGCAUCCCAUGGUACAGUAUGAUGGUCCUGCACAAGAAAAUGUGGCUUCUCAAACAAGUUGAUGACACCAUGGCAGUUUUCCACACCCACGCAGUUGCAGGGAGCUUAGGAGGCAUCCUCACGGGCUUCUUCGCUCAUCCUAAGCUCAACCGCAUCUUUUACUUGGUACCUAACUGGCAGCAUUACAUAGGACUUGCCUAUGGCGUAAAAACGGGCAGGGUCGGUGCAGGAUUCAAACAAAUGGGCAUUCAGUUGCUAGGAAUUCUUUUUGUGGUUUUCCUUAACAUUUUCGUCACUAGUGUGAUAUGUUUGUUGAUUAGGUUGGUAGUUCCAUUAAGGCUCUCAGAUGAGGAAUUGCAAACUGGCGAUGAUGCCAUUCAUGGGGAAGAGGCCUAUGCAUUGUGGGGUGAUGGGGAGAAGUAUGAAUCCAAGCAUAAUUCAGUUUACGGUGUUGAAGAGUUCCCUCAAGUUGGGCCAAAAGGUGGUCAAGUUGAGAUGGCUUGA